AUGGCUUUGUUAACUGAUGCUGAUAAAAAGAAUAUCCAACACAUCUGGGCAAAGUUAUUUGAGAAUCCAGAAGAGAAUGGCAAAACAGUUGUGAUCAAACUCUUCAAAGAUUAUCCUGAGACAAAAGCAUACUUCAAGAACAUCCCGACUGAAGGCAACCUGCAGGAGGAUCCGCUGGUGCGUUUCCAUGGCCGGAGAGUCAUGGUUGCCCUCAACCAGGUGGUUGAAAACCUGGACAAUUGGAAGCAGGCCUGCAGGAUUCUGGACCGUCUAGCAGUCAAGCACAAGAAUGUGCACCAAGUGCCAGCAGUGAAUUUCCAGAGCAUUUUUCAGGUGAUCCUGAAUGUCUGCAAAGACGUCCUGGGAAAUGAAUUCAGCACAGAGGUGUCCCUCUCCUGGGAGAAGCUCUUUGCUCUGCUCUCUGAACAAAUAAAUGCAUCUUACGUAAGCACUUCCAAGUCCUGA